UUGAGAUGAGCACCAAAGCACGUGCACCAGAACUGAAGAAGUUCAUGGACAAGAGAGUCCAGCUUCACCUGAAUGCUGGCAGGAGGAUGACAGGGAUCCUGAGAGGUUUUGACCCCUUCAUGAAUUUGGUGUUGGAUGAAAGUGUGGAGGAAACUAGAGGGGAACGGAAUCCCAUUGGGAUGGUUGUGGUGAGGGGCAACAGUGUUUCCCUUAUGGAAGCCCUAGAUAGAAUUGGAUCACUCAACCACUUGCUGGUCACAAGCCACAAGGACUGGAGAAACAGGAGUAGGCUUGCCUGCCACAAACCACCUGCCCAAUUCAACGGAUAUGGUUCAGUGUAUCUUCGAUCCCUUACCGCCAAAAGUUCGACCUUGACCGUGACCACCUCCACACCUGCCUCCUCUGAGUUCCGUCUGGGAGAGAAGGCAGCCGACGCCCAUCGCCGUCUGUGCCUGGCGUUUGGGGAAGGAGUCAUCAGCGAGAAGACGUGCUUCAAUUGGUUCGCUCGCUUCAAUUCCGGAAACUAUAGGGUUGAAGACAAGCCGAGGUCGGGACGUCCGUCGGAGUUGGAUGAUGAGGCGCUACUACAACUCUUAGAAGCCGAUCCUCGCAUGACCACUCGCGACAUGAUUAAA